GGAAGGACGAGCAGCGGGAGGCACGGGCUCUCUCUAGCAGGUGGCUGCAGCCAUGGAGAGGCUCUGUGCCGCCGCUGUCAAGGGCCAGACGGGCCCAGAGCGCCCAAGCCCCUUCAGUCAGCUGGUCUACACCAACAACGACUCUUACGUGAUUCACCAUGGGGAUCUCAGGAAGAUCCACAAAGCUGCCUCGGGCCAAGCCUGGAAGCUGGAGAGGAUGAUGAAGAAGACGACAAUGGACCUGAACAUAAGAGAUGCGAAGAAGAGGACUGCUCUACACUGGGUCUGUGCCAAUGGCCAUGCAGAAGUAGUAACACUUCUGGUAGAUAGAAAGUGCCAGCUUGAUGUCCUUGAUGGCGAAAACAGGACAACUCUGAUGAAGGCUCUGCAAUGCCAGAGGGAGGCUUGUGCAAAUAUUCUCAUAGAUUCUGGUGCUGAUCCAAAUAUUGUAGAUGUGUAUGGCAACACAGCUGUCCAUUAUGCUGUUAACAGUGAGAAUUUGUCAGUGGUGGCAAAAUUGCUGUCCUGUGGUGCAGACAUUGAAGUGAAGAACAAGGUAGACAUUAACCAAUGUUAUUUUCAAAAUAUUUGA